CUCACCAUAAAACCCAGCCCCGGCAAAGCCGAGCUGCGACCGCCCCACAGCACCCAGCACCCCACAGAGGCACCCCCCGGGCCCCACUGCAGCCAUGGGGCUGAGCCCUGCACCCGUCCUGGUCCUCACUCUGCUGCUGGGGGGCACGGUGAAUGGGCAGCCCCGGGGACGGAUCCUGGGGGGCUAUGAGGCCAAGCCCCACCUGAGGCCGUACAUGGCCUCGCUGCAGCUGGACGGGCAGCACGUCUGCGGGGGCUUCCUCAUCGCCAAGCAGUGGGUGCUGAGCGCUGCCCACUGCACCGAGGAGACGGAUGGCAAAAUGUUCCAGGUCCUCCUGGGCGCCCACUCGCUCACGGAGCCGGAGCCCCACAAGCGCCUGUACCGGGUUCGUGCCCAGAUCCCUCACCCCGGCAGCAACAUCCACAACAACAAGGACGAUCUCCUCCUGCUGCAGCUGGAGGAGGAAGCGGAGCUCAACGCACACGUGCAGGUGCUGCCGGUGCAGCGGGAGGACCGGGACGUGGCUCCCGACACCGUGUGCGACGUGGCCGGUUGGGGCACCAUCAACCACAGCGGCCGCCGGCCCGACAAGCUCUACCAGCUGGAGCGACCGGUGCUGAGCCGCGACGUCUGCAACCACCGCACCCGCCACGACCACACCAUCACCGAGAAGAUGAUGUGCACCGACUCCCGCAGGAAGGACACCUGCAAGGGAGACUCCGGCGGCCCCUUGGUCUGCAAUGGGGUGGCCGAGGGGGUGGUCACGGCGGGGUCCCGCGUCUGCGGCAACUACAAGAAGCCGGCGAUCUACACCCGCAUCGCGCCCUACGCUGCCUGGAUCGACGGCGUCAUCGCGGCUGCGGACCGGGAUGGGGCCGCUCCCUGAGCCCGCGCCAGCCCCCGGCUCCACGCCACGGCCACGG